UCUAUUUCUAAAAAUUCUUCUCUUAAGUGUAUGUAAAUUUUUAGUCCCGCAAGUGAAUAUGAGCAAGUACAAGUAUUUGUGGGCCUCCGUUUAACAAUUUUACUAGUCAGUCAAUGGAAUUCAUAACGAAUUUUUGAUUUAACAUUUGUUAUUGUAAUAACAAGAAGAAAUGACAGACACACGUGUCUCAAGUUUUUUAAUUUCAGCGGUAAAGAUUGCCCUUCAAAUAAAUACACAUAUGCCUUUAUCUAUGAAUAUUCCAGCAUGUGCGCUCAUAAAUAUGCAACGAAUUAUGCGAAAAUUUACCUUACAGACUUGUUUACGUCCUUUGCACCUCAUAUGAAGAUGCGAAAAACAUUUAAUUGAGAUAUGCUAAACUUUGGUUUUCUUCUUCUUCGGUCUUUUUCUAUUUUGCAAAUUCCGAGGUAUAAAAGCACAGUUAGAAUUUGCAAAGGAUAUUAGUCAACUGGCAUUGCUUCAGCAAACGCAUUCUGCUAUAGCGAGAGUAGUUUUCGCGGUAUUUAAUAAGAAAUGAUCUCCGUAAAUUUAUUGAAAAUCCACGCUUUGCUGCUCGUCUUGGCAGUGGUGUUGCAACAAGCUCAUUGUUCGCGUACAGUUUGUGGUCCUGCACUGGACGCGGUACUCAGAACAAUUUGUGUACAUGGCUUCAAUUCAAAAUUCAAAAAGUCAAUGGAGUGGGAUGAUGUGGGCACCAACGAAUUGGAUUUUGAAUUGCCCUUUCUCUACGCGAACUCACCAUUUUUGGCUAAAAUUAAUGGCGAUCAGUUUGAUACCGUGGCCAAGACUCGCCGUUAUCGCGACACUCCUUACCGCACCGGCGUAUAUGAUGAAUGUUGUAGCAAGGCCUGCAGUUACAAUGAGAUUUUGUCUUAUUGCAACUCAUAUUAGAUCGAGAAGGCAAAGGGCAGCUUUGAUAUUAUAUGAAUGAAGUAAAGAUUUAUUUGGACAAAAAUUAUGUUGAAAAAUUAUUAAGUAUUAACCAAGCUACAACGUGCUAAAAUCAGGCUCGCUUAAACACCAAAACAACAAAUUAGAAAAUAUUUGUAUACUUUUUUCAGAAAAAAAAACUGUCAGGCUUUUGAUAGGUAGUUAUUAAAAGAUACUGCGAAAAAAUUAAAAAAAAAUUUAGAUACAAAAAUUUUUUUUGGUUUAAUUUAACAAGUAAUAAUAAAACUUUUUAGAGAAAAUAAUAAAUCCAAGCGAUCGCCUUUAAAUUGCGAAACUUAAUUCUAAUAUUUCAUUUUAAAGAAAACUUAAUAGCUUUUUAAUUUAUUAAUGAUUAUUAUUUUUUCUUAAUCAAUAUAACAUCAAGAACAAUGGUCAACAAAAUUUGAAUUUUUAUUGUACUAGGGCCACGAAGCAAGAAGACAUCAUGAGAAAAUACAUCCACACCAUUUUUUAUUGUUAUACUAAAAUAUCUAUUUUAGGAAAAUAAUAUAAGAAUUCACGGUUAGUAAACUUGGUUUGCUUAACAUACUUGAGACUGUCCGGAUUAAAAUUUAUUUCUCGCUCACAGAUCCACAAUUUGAUUUUUAUAAGUUUAUUUAUUAAUUCUUUCAAUUUUCUAAUUUAUGGUUGUCAGGAAAGUUUUGGAUGAGAGUCUCAAAACUCUGCCAGGCUAGUAUUUGGAAACCAACGAAUAUUCCCUAGAAGCUGAAGCUCAAAGACUUAAAAUACUUUCUUGUGCCAAAUUUGGAAAAAUUCCUCACUCGAAUCCAGCCUUUCUGAUUGUUUUGUAGGUUUUCACACAGGCGUGUCGGCACUAUGUAAGGUGUGCUUGGUGUUGGUUGUAUUAAAAGACUUUCAGUUGUGUUCUCUUUCGGUUCCAAACCAAUCUGGUAAAGAAAAUAGCCAACGUCUAGAAUGUUUUUAGCCUAAAUUCGAAGUUUGACACACGCUACAGAGUAUUUAUGAGAGUCUCAAGACUUAUCUUAAUUCUCGACAAGAAAUCAAAAAUAGUCUGAUUAGUAUUGAACAAUUGUUGAUAUGAUUUGACGGAAACUGUCGAUGUUGUUAGAGUACUUUCGUUGCAUAUUUUCGAAAUAAUUUUGUUAAUUGAAUGCAAUACAGGCACCCAGAUAAAGAUAUUAAAGCAAGGCAACAUAUGUAAAGACAGAAAUGCAUAUGUGGGUGUCGCAAAAAACCAUACUUUUUAAAUGAGGGUACACGGAUAUAACACAAACCAUCGAAAAUCUCGUUUUCCAAAAUCAUGUUUACCAGUGUAAUUAAAUGAUUGACCAACUUAUAAAAACUAAAAAAUGUGUAACAUUAACACUUAAUUUGGGAAUAAAAAAUGGUAGGAGUGUGAGUUGAAUAAUUACAUAAAUAAUAAUUGAAAAAUUUCAGAAUGAAAUUUUUAAGAAGCGAAUAUACAUAAUUAAUUAAGUACCACUACAAAGACAGUAUUUAAAAUCAUACAAGUGAAAAAAUUUCAGCUAAUACCUUGCACUUUCUUCCUACUGGGGUUAUGAGAGAGAGACAAUGAAUUUUAUUUUGACGAAAUUAUUUUGCAAGUUUAAAAAGGGUACAUUCGAAAUUUAAUGCUAUUAAAGUACAAAAAUAUUUUAACAGAUUUAAAAAAAAUUGUUCAAUUAGUGUUAGGCGCAAAAUAAUGUCCGGGGACGAUUGCAUCCUGCACACGAUUGACGUUAAUCGGUCUAACUAGUCAAUCGUGGGUUCCAAUUGAAAAAAGAAAAAAUACAGGGAAU